UUGAAGGCAACUUUUUUUUUUACUGCAGGACUGGAAUACAGCUCAAGCUGUGGUAACGGAAAUCAAGUUAAACCGUUAAUUUAUCUGAUUUACUUGUUGAAACAUUAUGAACGUGUAUACGUGCCUAAAUAUUCACUUUAAACGAAAACUUUGCGGGUAGUUCGCUUUUUUAUUUUCACCCUCCUGUUGUCUGCUGAGAUUAGUUCAAAGGCCAGAACGAGUGUCGGAAAAUCAAAAUAAAAAAAAUGUCUACUGAAGUUAAGCAGAGAAAAAAGGCGCAGGCAAAGAAACAAAGCGCCGAACCUACAGAAACAUCGCCCACGACCUGCAGAAAUGAAGCUUCGAGGACGGAGGAAGCUCACAACUCGAGACCAAACAAAAACUCCUCGGUUCCCGACAUUAAAAGUUUAAUUUGCGCUUUCCUGUUUGCAGUCUGCGGAGCUUUAAGCUGGGCGGUGCUGCAGCAGAACGAGAGUUUUUCUCAAAUUGAAGAAAACUACAAGUUUCUUCACGAGAAAACGUCCAGCCUCUUGGUCAUGGAGGAGAAGAUCAUCACAGUUUCUGAGAAGCUUGCUGCCUCCGAAGACGACCUUCAUGAUGCCCUGUCCACCGUCUCCAUGGCAACAAGACUCCAGCAGGACAUCGCCAGCCUCCACGCGACCGUCAUGGCCAUGCAGGCGGACGAGAACUCCGCCUCCCGCGACCUGCAAGCCGUCAACGCCCACUUCCUCAAUGUGACAGAGACCUGGCAGGAGAAGCUGGCUGCCGUCAACUCCGACCUGUCUGCCCUCAAGGACGAGUCGCGAGAGUCCCACGCCGCAGCGACCGAGCGGGUGAACGAGGCUGAGCGGAGGGCCCGGUUGCUGGCAGAAAAGCUGAAUGAGCUCGAAGACAGUACGAAGAGGAACAGCCGAGCUCUGGAGCGCACUGAGGAGGACGACGUCAAGCGAGCACAAGCUCAGCUGGACUGGAACACCAAGCAGGUUCACAAACUGGAGGAGCAGAUCAGCAGUCUGACCAAAAGGGAGGCUGAGCUGAGCUCACAGCUGGAGGAGCACAUCCCGCGGGCACAGGAGUGCGAGCAACACCUGCCGCAGGUAGAAGAGGCAGUUCGCUCCAUCCUGAAGCUGAGCGAAGAUCUGAGCGGGGCUGAGAAGAGGCUGGAAGAAGUGACCCUGCAGGUGUUCGGGACCGAGGACAACAUGCUGAAAGCGCUGAAUGAAAUCCUCCAGAUCAGACAAGAGCUGGACUCUCUGCACGCUCAGAACAGCAUUCUGAAGAUGAAAAAUGAGUUGUCUGUUAUUAAAGAGGCGGUCCGUGAACUCACCACGGUGCUGAGAGAGAGUAGGGCUGAGAGCCAAGGGGAGUCUGACACAUUAGAUGUAGAAGAAUGGGAUGAUGAAGAGGAGGAGUGGAAGGAAGAAGACUUGGACAAAACAACUGAACCCCCCUCUGAAUAAAUAUUUUCACAUAAAAGUAUUCAAAAUUGAAGUUUUGUUAGAGUCAGUCAAACUUUAUACCCUAGUUAGUCUUUUGCAAGGAUUUUAAUUUAAAAAAUGUCUAAAAUAUGAUUCAGAUGCCAAAAAA